AACCAAGGCAAAACCAUGCGAUGACUAUUACACCAAACCCUUUUGGCUUUGCUACUUUUGUUUUUUUGAAAUUGGCUUUACUUUUUUGUUUUCAUUACAUCACUAUUUCUUUAACUUGCCCCAAUUACCCUCGUUCUGUUUUCCGUUUCAUUUGACAUUUAGCCAUUGCCUUUACCCUUCACAUUUAUCACCACCCAAAGCGGCCAUCUUUGCCCUAUCUGAGCCAGAAUGAGUGAAAUAGCCAACUCAAACAUCCAAACAGAGGGCUCAAAUUCCGAACCCAACCUCAAGCGCCAACCUGAACUUGACGAUGAGAGCUCCGAUUCUGCGGCAAAGAAGCCCAAAAUGCAAACUUCAACAGUUCAAGAAGAAGAAGAAAAAGAAAAGUCAUUGGAGAUAGAAGCUGACGUGGCAGAGGAUAAAGGGUCCAGGCACACCAUGGAGGAUGCUUGGGUUAUCAUGCUCGAUGCUAACUUGAAUUCUCCUGGAAAAUUAAGAUGUGGGCAUUUUGCAAUAUACGAUGGGCAUGGAGGGCGGUUAGCGGCGGAGUAUGCUCAGAAGCAUUUGCACGCUAAUGUUGUUUCUGCUGGCUUACCACGUGAGUUGUUAGAUGUGAAAGCUGCCAAAAAGGCUAUUCUUGAUGGUUUCCGGAAAACUGAUGAGGCUUUACUUCAAGAAAGUUCUUCAGGGGGAUGGCAAGAUGGUGCUACAGCUGUUUGUGUGUGGGUGAUUGAAAAAACGGUUUUUGUUGCAAAUAUUGGGGAUGCAAAAGCAGUAGUAGCAAGAUCUGCUGAUGCUUCUGAUAAAUCAAGUCCAUUGAAGGGCAUUGUUUUGACCAGGGAGCAUAAAGCCAUAUAUCCACAGGAACGUGCUCGCAUUCAGAAGGCUGGUGGUACUGUAAGUUCUAAUGGACGAUUGCAGGGGCGCCUUGAAGUGUCUAGGGCAUUUGGAGAUCGCCAAUUCAAAAAGGUUGGUGUUGUUGCUACUCCAGAUAUUCAUUCUUUUGACCUUACAGAUAGAGAACACUUUAUUAUUCUUGGUUGUGAUGGCCUCUGGGGGGUAUUUGGACCAAGUGAUGCUGUUGAAUUUGUUCAGAAGUUACUGAAGGAGGGUUUACCAGUUACAGCUAUCAGUCGCCAUAUUGUAAGGGAAGCAGUUCGUGAGAGACGUUGUAGAGAUAACUGCACUGCAAUUAUUAUUGUUUUCAGGCACAAGUGAUUCUAGUAUUCAACAAUUGUGGUUGUGGUUUUAAGGCAUGCUUUCUUGCUGUUGGGGAUCAAUUCUACCUAUUCUGAAGAGGUUUAUUUCUUCUUUGAUUGCACAAGCUGCAAAAAGAGUGUUUAUUGGUUGAUACUAUGCCAAAUCAUUCAGUUUUGCUUUUCAUGCUAGCUGAAUUAGACUUUUUGACAAGUUGCUUUGGCUAGUUAGGCAUUCAGUGCCCUGCUUAGUUGAAUUGGCAAAAUUUGUAUCAAUGUGUACGAAAGCUGUUAGACUUGUGUUCCUUUCUGUAAAAAUUUGCAAGGUGACAUUGAUGUAACCUAGAAAUCUGGACACCAUUGUUGACAGCGUGUUUUACUAGAAAAAACUCUCUAAAUCAGUGCAGUUAAUUUUUGUUGUUCAAAGCCUCUCUGUGCUUGUAUAUGUAACCAUUGUGGAAUGGCAUAACUCUGGAAAUCUUACUUUAUUUUGCCUAGUUGAAUGAGAAGAAGUGUAGGGAAAACAGAAGAGAAGAAAGCUCAUUAUUAUCCGAUAAUCACUCUAAAAACAUGUGAUCAAAGAAAUUUUUAUGCUAACGCCUAUUUAAGGGUUUUUCAAUUUCUUUUUCCUUUUGACAUUCUGGGACAAGCUGCAGGAGCAAGGUUGGACAGAACUUACGUCCUCGUGUCUUCUAUUAUAUGAUCAUGGUUUCUAUUCUUAUGAGGUAUUAUUCGUUUUGAUUUUUUUAGUCUCAUGAUUUUGUUUCACAAAAGGUGAAGCCUUUCAUGUUCGAUGUGGGAUUGAAAUACUCUGUCUAUUUCUCUUGAAAUACUUGGCAUGAUAUUUUUCUUUAGUUAAUCUCAUGACACUCUCGUCACAGAGACUGAUUAUCUUACCUACCUUCAUUGAGGUAUUUGAUGUGGGUCGAACGGUUCAGAGUUUGCUCUAUAUCAUUUAUCACGGGUCAAAAUUUAAUUUCUAGGUUCGCACGGCUCCAGGAUUCGAGCAUACACUUAUCCAACAUCUUAAAUUAGCCUAACGAUUAUGAUUCAUACCCUUAUGAAAUAAUAUCCGCUUUGGCUUUUUCUGUCCUCAAGAUUUUGUCUC